AUGUUCAGAAGGGCGUAUCACACGAACCUUGGGAAUGCCCACUUGUAUCAUCCUCUUCACCAACCUAAGUUUCACCGCAAGGAUACAAAUUUAAGGGUCCAGAGAAAACAGGGUCACACGGCCCAUAUGACGUCACCUCACCUCCUUACGUUCAGCCAAGAAGCUGUGUGCGUUGCCGAGGAGUUUGGUGUGGCUUUCUAUGCUCCGAAGAACUUGAAGAAAUUUCAGGUUGAACGCUUCAACGGGGUGAGGAUUGCAGGGAUAUACGCUACAAAGGCCUCUGACGGUGGGUCUCACCUCCAUGUAGUGGAUGUUGAGGCCAACUGGUUCCUUGUCUCCCUUUCUCGCGUUGAGGUAGUCUCCUCAUCAUCCAUUGAACUUUCUGAAGAAAAUUCUGUCAAGCAAAGUGAGUCCUCGCGCCACUCCGAGGAAUGCGCGCGUCGACUACCGAACACUGAAGGGAUUUUGGAGGCUCACUUUCAUGAGGCCGGUGGCGUACUUCACUGCGUGGUUCUCACACGAUGGGGUGCAUAUGAAACGGUGCUAACUAAUACAAGCAGAAUAGUGGCGAGGAACAUUAUAUCUUUUCCGUUUGAGAUGCGGAAUUGUUUUAUGUCCGUAGGGAGAACAAGUGGUCUUGUUGUUGUUUGCCAGCGGAGUGAGAAGUGGCUGCGAUACUCCCUUUUCGAGCAGCGUGAUAACGAGCGUAUCAGGAUGUUUGAUUCUCCAGUUAAUGUUCAAAGCUUUGCUGUGAACCCCAUUUCCAAUUCAGUGGUUUUGGGCGGUACACGGGGUGAGAUGGUACUUUACCCUUCUAUUACUGAGAAGAAUUAUUUUUCAGAUCAUUGGCAUCAUACGCCGUUAACGGCGCUCAGUUUUUCCAUAGACGGGAAAGCAUUUUACUCAGGGGCCCGUGAAGGGAUGAUAUUGGUGUGGAAUACCUCGUCAUAUACCUACAAGAAGGUAAGCUGUGGUUUGGGUUGUAUCAACAGCAUCGCAGUGCCAACGGGAAAUGGUUCAAGAGUAUUACUGAGUUGCGCCGAAUCCACCAUUGCCGUGCUUGACCUCUUGCAAAUGCAGGUAGAGAAGUUCGUUGAGGGCGUACAGUGGUCUACCGAUGAGUCGUGUAGCGGGCUCGUGGUGAGUCAGUGGAUGGGCCAGCCGGCAGUGAUUCUUACGGGGUUGCCUAACGUGGUGCGUGUUUGUGAUCCCUUCACUCAGCAGGCGAUCUACUCUCUUCACAUAUCUUCCCAGAUGGAGACUAUACCGAGCCCCCCGCGUCAUGGCAUUCAAUACGUGGGGUUGCUAAACAACAACCGCACAAUAGUAACCUAUGAGGAAUUUAGUGGUGUUUCGUUGCCGUCGUUAUUGCGCUUCUGGGCAUACAGUUCUGAUUCUAAACGGCAUGAAGAAUCGAUGACAAUUUGUUCACCCCAUCGCAGUCAAGUACUGGCACUGACGACGGAUGACACCCAGCAGCGAGUCUUUACCCUCAGUGGCGAGGCGAUGAAAUGCUGGGUGGAAUGCAAAGAAGAUCUUAACGAUGCGCACGCAAUCGGGAAGAAGACUUGGGGCAACCAAUCGAGCUGCGUAACUCCGUCGCGCCUUGUGCAGGAUUUAAUUAUUUCCCACGACGGCUCCUUAUGUUUCAUCUCCGAUGAUAAUGUUCACGUCUAUAACGUCAAAGCCUUACAUCCGGGACAACCAUGGCAGCGGGUUCUCACCUUAACGCAACAUUUUUCACUUUCUCCGCUGAAGAAUCUGACGCUACUGCACGAGUGCCGUGCACUUGUGGCCACUGACGCCGAACGCGUGUACUUUUGGUCGUUAGCCAAGCCUCGCCGGCAGGCAACGAUAUGGAAGGACAAAGGAGUCGGAGGGAAGGCGGCUGGCAUCACAGCCAUGUGCGGGUUUUCAGUGAAUUCUGUUCUUGUGGCAACAGAAAGAUGCAACCUCUGGGAGCUGAGCGCUGCAGACGUGAACGAAAUGGGAAAGGUUGUUGGUCAAGCAAAUAGCGCCACGGAGCACCGUAUUACAUUCAUGAAACCACUGUCCCUUCUUAAGCAGCCAGACCGAAUUGCAGUAGUGGACAGCGUUUCUGGUUUUCGAGUCAUGCACGUCUCACUGGAAGGGAAGGGAGGAGUUAAUGUGCAGCAAUUUGAGCGUACCACUGCGAGAGACGAAUCUAAUGAGACACUCUCGUCGCUAAAACAGUACUUUCAGGAGGCCCCUGUGAGAAGCAACAACUUUGACGGAGCGGACGAAAAUGCCUCCACCAUCCUGGACCGCGCAUCUCAAGUGGCAGAGGCACAGAAAUGGCUGGUGGGGGUCCUGGCGGACUCCGCCUACACCGCCCCACCUAUGAGUGCCUUGCUUUCUUCAUAUUUGCAGAGACGUGCGGGUGUAGCAACGUUUUGA